AUGGCGCCCUCAACAGCGCCGGCGUUUGAGCACAUCGUCGCCGCCAAAGAGACCAACAUAGACAUCGUCGCAGUACCGCCCAUCGGCGGCCACCACAAGAGAACAUGGAUCGCGCAGGGAUCUCGGUCAUCCUGGCUGGAGACAGAGCUAUUCAAGUAUAUGCCCCGAGCGCGGGUGCUGCUGUACAACCACGGCGAGCUACGCGACCACGAUAAAAUAGACGCGCUGGGAAAGCGGCUCCUGAACCAGCUCCUCGCCGAACGCAGAAUCUAUAGUCGCCGACGGCCUCUGUUCUUCGUCUGCCACAGCACCGGUGGUCUGGUGGUGAAAGCCUGUCUGGCGCUGGCAGCGCGGGCCGAGCCGAACCAGUGCAUCCUGACCAGCUGCCACGGCGUGGCCUUUUUCGCGGUUCCUCACCAGGGCUCGAGCUACCUUUCUGCCGAGGAAUACACCUCAAGUAUUCGUCGGCUGCUGCACCUCCAGCAGAGUAUCCCGCAGUCUCUCCGCGAGCAGUUGCGGCCGCGCCAGAACCGGCUAUGGCAUCUGUCGAACCACUUCAAGGCCCUCUCGGCGGAUAUGAAAAUCUGGUCGUUUGUCGAAACUAUCGACUCGACCCUGAAUGUAUUCGAUGCCGAGACCCGAACAACUAUGGAGUUCCAUGCGCCCAUCACCUCCAUCCGAUCGGGGUUGCUCGACAUCGAACACGAAAAGGAAGUGCCCAUGGCCACUGACCAUGCCGGCACCGCGCGCUUCCAGGGACAGGACUCUACCCGAGAUACCUUCUUGGAGGAGCUCGGGGCAGCCGUAAACUUAGCGGCCGAGCUUUCAAGACACGAGGAUACGCCCUUGCAUGUAGAGAAAGAAGUUAUGGUGCAGGUCAACGGCUUCUUCGAGGACACCGCGCUCGGCGUGAGCGAUGAAACCCCAUUGAAGCUGUGGUCGACUAGUGUUACGUUGGAAGAUUACCUUUCGCGUGGUCCAUCGGCUUGCCUUCGAGAACGGCUGAGGCGAAUUCAACCCGGCAGCUGGGAUGAUUCCUCCCUGAGUAGCCUCGACAGCCACCAUUCUUUGUUGCAUGUUGUUCCCGGGCCAGAGGCUGUCGAACAUCCUGAUCAUGUCCCUGAAGCAGAGCAACGACCUUCUCGGCCGCCCAUGCGCCAUAGUCGAAGUUUUCUCGAGCCAUCAGCUCAAUCCCCGACAAUCCACGUCACUGAAGCAUCCCGCGACGGUCUAUAUGAGAGCCCUUCGAGUGAAAGCCCUCCUCCGCCUAUAGAGCGCCGGCGAAGAACUUCCAUCACCAGGGCACUGGGGCUAACCCCAUUGAGGGCUCACCGACGCAGCGCCUCCGAUAGCAGCUCCCAGACGAGUGACUCCCGUCCUCCGUCGAGCUCUGCGUCACCACCAAGAAACUCGGGGUUCUUGGCCAUACCACCCUCCACCCGAGAUCGCAUCGCCCAAAUUGCAGACACCGCCGACACUCCUCGCUCAGUCCCUGGUUUUGAUCGCCCGGAGCCCGACACCGAGAAACUACUUUGGAUUCAUGUCCCGUAUACUCACACUGGAUGGGUAUCGCAAGUCAUCCGCAGGGCGUGUGAGGAUCGCCAGGAGCCCAAUUUUCUACGGAAGUUUAUAAAUGACGAGAACUGGUACUUGAACCUCAACCGAGCUCGUCAUCUCGAACCUCAUGCUCGGUUUGUGAAGCCGAAAUGCAUCCAUUCUCGCCAACUGGAUGUUGCGCAGGGGACUACGACAGGCACCACAGAGGACCCCCAAAUGGCACUAUAUGUACCUUAUCUGCACUGGGAUAGCUACCGCAACGUCCUACAAAGACGAAAAGUCAUCGAAGAGCGACUACGGCAGGGCCGCUCACGACCUGUCCCCGGCCGCAUCUCAAGAACCAGUCUGGAGGCGCAACUAAUUUGGAAAUAUCUAGGCUGCGAGCCUCCAAUCCAUUUCCGACGCACCCUAGAUCAAUUCGGAUACCCGAACCUCCGCUCAACGGUUGCACGAGACGAUGAUCAAAUGCUAUGGAAGCGUACAAGGAGGUCGACGCGCGUUGAUGACCAGCUGCGCGAGUACCUUGAAGCAGCACCCGAUGACGGCGAGGACUCAGAUCCGGACGGUUUCAUGGACGGGAAUGUGCUGAUGGUCGACCAGCUUUGGUUGUGGAUCGUCGACGACAAGACCAUUGUCACUUUUUUUCCGAACCAAGAGGCCACCACUUCCAAAGGCAAGUUGUUCGAGCAGUCGAACCUGCAUAGCAGUAUCUACAAUGAACUUAACGGGGACCUGGCUCGUCGCUUUGAGACUGCGGGCGAUCUCGCUGCGCUUAUUAUGCUGCACGCCGUAACUGUUCUUCUCGAUAAGACAUUGCACCAUGACUUGCAGGUCCUGCGAAUUUUCGAGGAAUCUAUUAGUAUUCUGACUGAAUCCGUCACCAAAUCCUUCAAACGCUUCCGGAAUCGCGGCUUCACCAACCGUCCCGCAGACCACGACUACACAGCAGAAGGUAAACUAAUGACAGCCGCGCAACGUGACCAGCGAGACAUCCAAGUCGCACGACGGAAUCGCGAGGAUUUAUCCGUUCUACUGGAACUUCGAGACAUCGAGGACGAGCUCUCUACGAUAUUGAAACUGCUCGAUCAGCAGGACGCCGCCAUUAAAAGCAUGUUCAAGUACUUCGACGCCGGCGGCUAUGGAAAAGUGUUCCUGGAUGCAGCGCAGCUGCGGAUCGACGAGUAUCGCGCACAGAUCGGCGAAAUGAAAGAAAACAGCCAUCUCGCCCAGAAGGCCGUGGAGACGCUGCUCGAUCUCAAGCAGAAGCAGGCUAAUGUCGACGAAGCUAAGAUGGCGCGGUGGCAGGCGGAGGUGACGCAGACUCAGUCACGGGCUAUGACCACAUUCACGAUCUUCACCGUGAUAUUCCUCCCGUUGUCCUUCUUCACCUCGCUCUUCGGCAUCAAUGCCCGAGAAUGGAGUGGCGAGCCCAAGAACCUCCCACUGAGCACAAUGUUCGAGAUUGCCGCACCUGCCUCCUUCGCAAUAAUCUUCGUCGCCCUCCUCAUGGCCUUCAGCGAAACCCUCCGCGAAGUCGUCUCCAAAUCGCACAAAAUCGCCGCCGGUCUCCUCAAAGAGUUCGUCUUCUACCCAAUCCGCAGCCUCUUACACUGGGACGCCGUGACGAACCGAAUGCCCGAUAUGAUCGUCCCGGAGGACUCGUCGCUCAGGAAACGAUUCGACCAGUACCUCGGUUAUGGGCGCCAUCAUACGCAAUUCGACGAAGAUAUCUGGAUGCGGUGGCAGGGGGAUAAGAUCUCCCUUGGCGGGAAGGAUCAUGGGAAGAGUGGGAGCGGGAGGAUGGUUAAGUUCCGCGGAGAUGGGGAGUCGUUUUCGUUGUCGGAGAAAGUGAGGCGGCGGGGGGUGCAUGAGGUUUAA